AUGGGUCAAAGGCAAUCUACAGACAAUGCCGCUGAGCAGGAAACCCCUGCGAAGGCCGACUACUACGAUUUACUUGGUGUUGAACGGACCGCAACGGACGAUGAGAUCAAGAAAGCCUACCGUCGCAAAGCCCUCGAGUUACAUCCCGACCGCAACUACGGUAACGUCGAAGAUGCCACCAGACUCUUCGCCGAGAUUCAGUCGGCGUACGAAGUUCUCUCCGAUCCUCAAGAACGAGCCUGGUAUGAUUCUCAUCGGGAUAUCCUCCUCCGUGAGGACCAAGCGACCGGUCCUGGCGGCGACGAAUUCUCCUAUAACGUUCGGAUGACCACUGCGGAGGAUGUGAUGAAGUUGAUGCUGCAAUUCAGUGGCCGGGUGGAAUAUAGCAAUGCGCCAAGUGGGUUCUUCGGUGGGCUGAACGACUUCUUCAAGCAGCUGGCGAAAGAAGAGGACAUUGCUUGUCAGUGGGAAGGACAAGAGCCGAUGGACUAUCCCGAGUUCGGCCUGGACAACGACGACUACGAUGAGGUGGUCCGACCUUUCUACGCAUCGUGGAAUGGCUUUGCCACCAAAAAGAGUUAUUCGUGGAAGGACCAGUACAGGCUGUCUGACGCCCCUGACAGACGGAUCCGACGUCUGAUGGAGAAGGAAAACAAAAAGCUACGUGAGGAUGCGAUUCAAGAAUUCAAUGAAGCAGUCCGUUCUUUGGUCGCCUUUGUUCGAAAGCGAGAUCCCCGAGUUCAGAACAAUCAAAAGUCGGAGGCCGAGCGCCAGAAGGCUCUACGUGAAGCCACUGCGGCACAAGCGGCCCGCUCCAGAGCAGCCCGACAAGCAAAGCUGCAAGAGUAUGACUCACAAGCAAUACCCGAGUGGGCAAAGUCUCGGACCGAAGAUGAACAUGAGGGCGGGUUUUCGAGUGAGUCGGAAGUGGAAGAACAUGAAUACGACUGUGUGGUCUGCGACAAGACCUUCAAGAGCGAAGCACAAUUCAAAGCCCAUGAGAAGAGCAAGAAGCAUCUGAAGUUGUUAAAACAGUUGCAGAAGGAGAUGCGUGACCAGGGUGAAGAGCUUGAUCUCAACGCUGGGAAUCCCACUAUGGACCAUGAAGAGGCGGCGUUCGAAGGAGCAGAAGAGGAGGUUGAUACCACGCCAGGCAAGCCGUCGAAAAAUGGACAUCUGCCUGACGAGGACGUCGAGCAACCACCAUCCGUCGACGGCAAAACAGGCACCGAGCAGGAUCUCGAUGAAUCCCAGACCUCCGAGGACGAUUAUGCUUCUAGAUCGGAUAUUGAACAACGGCUCGCAGGCGAGCCCAUAGAGAAGGUCACUGCGGCCCUCGAAGAUACCAGUCUGCGGGCCACUCCUGUCACGUCUGACCCCGAAGAAGAUGGAUCAAGGGCAAAGAUGGGCAAAGCGAAACUCAAGCGAGCAAAGAGAGCCGCCCAAAAAGCCGACCAGUCCGACAGCCCUGCCUCCGAGUUCAGGUGUGCCGUAUGCAGAGCCGAGUUCCCUUCGAAGACGAAAUUAUUCAAUCACAUCAAAGAGAAAGACCAUGCUGCACCGCUGACGCAGAUCAAAGGUGCCAGAGCUGGAAAGGGGAAGAAGAAGAGAUGA